AUGUGCGGGACCAAGAAGUCCGCAGCCUACUUCGCCCACGACCCGGCGCACCGGCUGCUCCCCGCUGCCAGCGAUGGCGACGGCAACGAUGACAGCGAGUUCACCUGCGGCGGGUGCCUGGUCGCCGGCGCCGGCCCGCGGUACCGGUGCGCGCACCCGGGGUGCGGCUUUACUAUCCACGAGGCGUGCGCACGGCGCUUCCCGAGGACGCUCAAGUCCGCCGUGCACCCGCGGCACAGGCUUAUGAGGCAGCGCGAGGCCGCCACCGCCGCGGGGGCCGACGGCGGCUGUGGGUGCGAGGUGUGCGGCGAGGGCGUGAAGGGCGCGUGCUACGCGUGCGGGGUCGCCGUGCACCCGCUGUGGGCGCGGAUGCCGGCGUCGGCCCGCGGCCCCGCGCACCCGGGCGGCGGCCACGAGGCGUGGCUCGUCCGCGUCGCAGCGUCGCCGCCGGAGCCGGAGCUUGACGGGGACGGUAAGCAGAAGCAGGGGAAGCAGGCGGCGUCGACGGCGGCGGGGUGCGACGCCUGUGGGCAGCCCCUGGGCGCGUGGCGGUACCGGUGCGUGACGUGCGCCGCGGAGCUGCACCCGCGGUGCCUGGUGCCGGCGGCGGACCAGUGCCGUGGAGAAGGUGACGGCGACGGCAGGGGCGCGGAGUCCGUGGCGAGGAGCUGCUGCUGCACGACCUCACGCGCUGCAUGGCCACGCUUGGCACCGCCCUCAACUACCGUGGCUACUACAAUGGCUGACGCAUCAUCACUCUAUAGUGUUCUGGCACCUCAACAACUGGACCAGCCACGCAAGAGGGACUGA